AGAAAGGCAACAUGCAAAAUGGUUCCUGUGAGGACCAAAUGCAGCUCAUUUCAAUAACAACCUAAGCUAUUUUGUCUACUUGCACGCUUAUUGCUUUGUGGAUGUUCUUUUUUUAUGUUUAACACUUUGUUGGGAUGUAGAUUAGGCACAACUUUUACAGUUUUGACUUUACCCUAAAGAGCAGGCGGCAACCAGAUCUUCUUUGACCACAAAGAUGAAUUCCACUGAGACCACGCAGCAACCAUUAAACACCACAAACACCGCAAACACCAAAAACACGAUGGAUCCUCAGCAGUACCGCAUUACCCUCCUGGUUAUAUAUUCAGUCGUUCUGGUUUGUGGUUCAAUCAGUCUGAGCUUGAUGAUGCACAUCCUGAAGUCUAGUGCUGCUUCUGCAACCUCCAUCACGGUGUUCAACUUAAUUUUUGCCCAUUUCAUCUUCCUCCUGACCGUGCCAUUUAGACUUUACUACUAUGGAACCAAUGAGUGGAAUCUGGGUCUAAACUGGUGUAAAAUGGUGAGCGGCAUGAUCCACAUCCACAUGUACAUGUCUUUUUUGCUCUACAUGAUUAUCCUCAUUACCCGCUUAUGGCCACACUACUGCAGGAUGAGGCAGAUGGACUCCUUAGGCCGAAUGCAGGCGCUCAUUGGCAGUGUGGUGAUGUGGGUUGUUGUACUUGUUCUGAUCCCUUGCAUCAUCUUUUCUUUUUAUGGCAACAAAGACAAAGACAAAACUUACAAUACCACACGUUGCUUUGAUUUUGCAGAAAGCAUGAGCUCUACUAAAGAACUCAACUACAUACUGAGCACACUGGUGAUAGUGGUGGCUAUUGUGCUGACAGCCCUUCAGGCCAACGUCCUUUACGUUUUAUACAACAAGGAUCGGCAAGGAUGCACGUCGCAGCAAGACUUUGGGGCUCAACUGAAGAGCCUUUGUUUCACACUCAUCAUGCUGGUCUGCUUUGUCCCCUACCAUAUUUUCCGGCUGUAUUACAUUGAGCAUACAUAUCUUCAAAAUAUCAAUGAGGUCUUUCUGAGCCUGACCACUUUCAACUGUUUGGACAUGCUGACUUUCCUGGGGAGGAGAACAUUUCAUAUCUGUCUCAGAGGAAGGGGUGUUUAACCAAACUCUACAAUAACUGUGAAUGUGUUUACUGGUUACAAACAUUUUAAGGAAGUUAAUAUUUGUUAUCUCUAUUUUUUUUUUCUCAGUUGAUCCUAAAUGAUUUGGGAUUUAUUUUUAAUAAACUUAUGAUUUUCUGUGCUGCUUCAUUAUAUAACCUUCCACUGCCAUCAAAUACUAUCAUAGUUGUAUUUAUGAAUAGCAGAAAUGUAUUCUCCUUUUUAUUGCUCAGAAUUAAACUCC